UGACGCGUGACCGUGGUGGGGAGUGGUGUGCGUGGCCUCGGUCUGCCGGCACCUCUGUGAGACCCGGACAGCGUUGGUGUGACCUAUUGAAGCCCAGGUGGUGGGAUAUCGCCUUACCUGGGAUGCUGCUGCAGGUAGCCCCAGCCACCAUGGAUGCGCGACGCCCCUCUUGACUGGGCAAGAUGUCGCUGUUCGGAUUCUCAACAUGGGGGAAGAAGAUGGGCAAGAAACUGGAGCAGCUGACACGGGGAGAGAGCAAGGAGCACAUCCACUUCCCCCUGGGGUCCACUCGCACUCGCCGCAGGAACUGGCGACCUAACAAGGAUGUAGAGACGCUGCCGGUGUCCCCGAAGGAGGCCAAGACCGCCCCGCCCCGCCAGCCUCGCAGGGCUAAAGUGGACCGCGUCGAGAGCAUCCGUAAUCUCUUCCGUCGUUCUCGUAGCUGGGACUCCGCGAAAGACCUGGAGGAUCUACCGGUAACGAGAACCACUAAGUCAUCGGACUCGAGUGUUGACGGCGCGAAGGGUCUCGCUCGAGACUCCGAUAAUGUGUAUGAGUCUCUCAAGGAUGUGGACAGUGGACCAGUGGGUAUGAAAUCUACAACGUUGUUUAGAAGCGCAUCCACGUCCCAUCUGCCAGGUUGCGAGGUGGGUGUGGGCGUGGAGAGUGUGGGCGCGGGGGAGGCGCGGACAGAGGGCGCCGAGGAGGUCGGGGAGGGCGAGUGUGAAGGAAAGACGAGCGAAGGCGAGAAGUCUACCAAGAAGGGUCAAUUUCCGUAUGCGUUCCUGAGAUCCAGACUGACCUCGGUCGCGGAGGAGCAAGCGACCGCUAGGGAAGAGUGUGGUGACAGCGGACGGGGCACCGGCAGCCACUGCGGCAGCAUUUCUGAUGUCAGAACUUCUUAUUCGGAGACAUCCGACUCUAAGUCUUCCUUUUCAGAAAAUUCGGACACAAAGUCGUCUUGUUCGGACUCGUCAGAUAAUAAAUGGGUUCGUGAGGAGGACGAGGAGGAGGAUGGCGAGGAGACAGUGAGAGGCGAGGAGGCGAGUUCCCGGGUCACCAGGACAGGAGAGGACGCGGGCACCAAAUCCUCCGCCAGGGACGUUGUCUCUCCCAUCCCCGCACCAACUGGUUUCGGUGACGGUGAUUUCGUAGUGACUGUGCGUGUACAGGCGGCGGCAGGGGGCGACGCGCGAACCUCCACCGUAUAUAUUGAGCGCGAGUCUGACGAAGUCACCUGUGAACAUGUCUCUAGGAAAUCCUUACUGCUAAAACAAACGGAAAACAAAUUAGGUGGUAGCAUUAAAGCUGCUGUUAACCUGGCAGUGUUGACGGACGAGGAGAAGCUCGGAGUGCGGCAGGCUGCGUGUUGCCACCGCUGCUGUGAUCCUCUACACCAGCAAGAAUACGUUCCUUUGCCACCCGUCAGGAGGCGCCAACGAUCCCAGCCCCGCAUUCACACCCGCAUGAGCUACCCGGCGGCCUCCUCCUCCACCGACACCCUCUACGAAGUCAUAUACCCUGCGGACGCCUACUCUAAACGCGCCUCGCUUGAUCUAGAACGCCUAAAUUCCAGAGUAGAACCCAUAGACAGAUGUGAUCAACUAAACCGGUUCGAUCGGCUAGAUCGAGACGACCGUAUCAUUGAGCAUGUACUAGAGACGAGACGCAGGUACUCUCGUUCAGUUUCCUUAGACCGCGCCGAGUCGUGGAGAUGGCGGGAUUCCCUCCAAAGUGACGACUGUGACGCAGAUUCUUUGUACAGUGAGUCUGGGUACCGACGCAGGGCGCCGAGCCUGCCCCGCGCGCCCUCCUCCACCGCCACACUUCCACAGCCGCCACUAAAAAACAAAAGCUUCAGGUUGGUGCGCCUGGUGAAGAACGACUCCGACGAAGGCCUGGGACUCUACAUCUCAGGCCAGAGGGCUCUUGGCUACGCCAUCGCUCACAUCCUGCCUGGCGGGCUCACCGACAGGGAUGGUCGCCUGCAUGUCGGGGACGAGAUCAUCAACGUGAAUGGCCGGCGUCUGCGAGGCGCGAGUCUGGAGGAGGCAAGACACAUCUUGCGACAUACUCCUUCAGAGGUGGACGUUGUGGUGGCACGGGAACCAGAUGCCCCAGCCCAUGAAUCCCUCUAUUCAGACUUUGACGUCGCCUCCAUGGCCAGUGGACGCGUUGAUUCGCGUGUGGAAACCCGCGUAGAUUCCCGGGUUGAUAGCGUGUAUGAGGAGGAAGAGGCAGCCCUGGAGGUCCGCCACCUGGCCCUCUCCUAUCACAAGACUUGUCAACAAUAUAGUCACAGACAGGAUGACGAUGAGCCGGAAGACAACAUAAUGAACCUUCGAGAUUUAAGGGACCAUCUGGAAUCGAGGGAUGUCCCAAGUGAUGUUCGGUGUUGCCCCCGCGACUUUCCCGACUUGCCUUCGGAUAUAUAUUCUGGAGACCUGGCUGAGGCACCGAGUGAGCACUUGUGCGAGUGUGACGUGCACGGGUGUUCACGAGAGCCCCGGGGGAACAGGGACCUCAGAGACCCCAGUAAGCGGCGACGCCUCGACUCCCUGAGAGAGGAAGGCGUAGUCAAAGCCGUCAUGGUCCGCACAGUCUCCGAUUCCUCAUCUGGCUCGACUCCUCCACCAGGUGAGGAUGAACCACGGAGGCUGUUGCCCCUCCUGGAGGAUGGGGUGUUCGAGGAGCGGCCGUCCUCCCAGGCCUCGCAAGUGUCGGCCAGGACGGUCACCUCCAUGGGCUCUGUGGCAUCCAUACAUGGUACAGGGCUCACUGCCAUGUCCAGACAG